AAUGAGUAGUUUAGAUAUUACAUCAAGGGCAAAGAAUCUCUGCCCAGGAGGAUGGCAAGUUGCUUGAUUCAACUGGGAGCUUCCUCUCAGCUUCUCUUUUUUCUGGCAGGCAUUUACAUAAUAAAUAUUACACAAAGAACCAUGUCAUGGUUUGGAAUUGGUAGUUAGAGCAAGGAAGGAAUAUUGAUGAAACAGUAAGAUUAGGCUGUCCAUAAAAAGUUUGCAAUUAGGUUGUGGAUGGACCAUUAUGGUGAUGAGAGCUACUUAUGAAAUAUAGACAGGGAUUGAUCUGCAUCUUAUUUGUUUCUUUCUUUGCAUUCUUUUGCUGUGAUACUAUGACAGCUUAAUUAGAAGGAUUAGAUAGAGAUGGGGAAAACAGGCAAAUGGCUUCGAAGUUUCUUGACAGGAAAGAAAGACAAGGAGAAGGAGAAAGAAAAAUGUAGAACCAAUCAGAAUUCAGCAACUGGUAUUGAGAAUGCUGCGACUCCAGUUUCAAUCCCACCGACUCCUCCAAAAGAAAAAAGAUGGAGUUUUCGCAGAUCUUCAGCCACAGCAGCAGCUCCUAGGGACAUGAAUUUUACAGAAGCAAUUGCGCCACCACAACCAGCGGCUCAGGCUACAUUGGAUUCAGAAAAUGAGCAGAAGAAGCAUGCAAUGGCAAUGGCAGCUGCUACAGCUGCCGCUGCUGAUGCAGCUGUGGCAGCUGCUCAGGCUGUAGCUGCUGUGAUCCGUCUAACUGCAACUGCCCCUGGGAGAACCAGCGCCAUUGAAGAGGCUGCUGCCAUAAAGAUUCAGUCCGUCUACCGUUCUUAUUUGGCAAGAAAAGCAUUACGUGCAUUGAAAGGACUAGUCAAGUUGCAGGCCGUGGUGAGGGGUUACCUGGUGAGGAAACAGGCCACUGCUACACUCCGGUGCAUGCAGGCAUUGGUGACUGUACAGGCUAGAGCUCGGGCUCAGAGGAUCAGGGUGACUGAAGAAACAAAACCUGCUAGUCAGAGACAAUCAGUCCACAGAAAAUCAAUACAGGAGAACAGAUUCAUGCACACAAAUUAUGACGUUGAUAGAGGCAUGGAGGAGAACAUCAAGAUUGUGGAGAUGGAUCUUGGACAAUCAAAGGGAAGCACAAAGAGCAGAACUAGCUGCUUACAAUCACCACAAGCAGAACGAGUAGAGCCUAGAUCUGUCACAUAUUACGCAACAACAAAUCGUGCAUAUCCAAAGCCGGAAAAUUGCCAAGUGUCUCCAGCUCCGUCAGCUCCGACCGACAUGAGCCCCAGAGGCUACAGUGGUCAUUUUGAGGACUACUGCAACACAGCACAAAGCAGCCCCCAAUAUGACUCUGCAGUUUCAAAACCUGAUCCAUCAAAAAUUCCAUUUGCUUUUCCGCGACCAGACUAUGCAGAACCAUUAUCCUAUGACUACCCAUUAUUUCCAAAUUACAUGGCAAACACAGAAUCUUCCAAAGCCAAGGUUCGGUCACAGAGUGCACCGAAACAAAGGCCGGACUCAUUUGAGCGGCAACCAAGCCGGAGGAGGGCAUCAGUGGAAGGAAGGAAUAUCCCAAGGGCCGUGCGGAUGCAGCGCUCAUCUUCACAUGUUGGGGCCACAGCUCAGAAUUACCAAUACCCAUGGUCGAUUAAACUCGACAGAUCAACAGUAUCACUUAAUAGUGAAUGCGGAUCCAGCAGCACAGUGCUCACAAACGCCACUUACUGCAGAACUCUUGUUGGUUUUGAUGUUCAUGGAAAUAGGUACUAACAAUGCACAGUUCUCCACCAUUGUAGAAGAGAAGAAACACAAUAAAUUAUUCAAGUUUCAGUGAGAAAUAUCAAAGGCAUCAAUAAGUUGAACACAGAGCUGCCAGAGGAUUUCUGACAACUUCUCAAUCCUCCUUCGCUCUAGCAUUGCUCUCCACCUAUGUAGAAAAUCUCCUCUCUUUUCUCCAUGAUUUGGAUAAAUGUGUUCCUAAGGAGAAGCAUAGUGCAAACAGGCAUCACAAAGAAGGUUCAGGAACACAGGAGCAGAAAUUUAUUUGUUUGUGAAUUUUUCUCAGGCUGAUUGUUUGUUAAUCCUGCAACUUUUCAUUUUUAUUUUUAUUUUUAAAUUUGUUUUAAAGUGAGGGACUGAGGACAGCAAGAUUCCUAUCUUACAUAUAUUAUAUGCAUGUCAUGAAAAGCUUCUAAAAA